UAUGAGUAAUAAGAGCGGCUUCACACAGACCGGUCUGCUUGUCAGAGUAACAGACUGUCAGACUGAGAGCUGCUCUCACACAGAGAGAGGGAGAGAGAGAGAGAGCAUAAGAAGAAGAAGAAGAAGAAGAAGAACUCCGGCUCCGAUCUACCUCAUGCUGAAUGUCUGUCAACUGAUCCAAAACACAGGCUGUUGCCGUGGUGACGCCGCUGAGCCAGAAUAAGGAGGCGAGGAGGGAUUCCCCAGUCCACACAGCACCGUGAACACAGUCUGCAAUGGACCACCAGCAGCAGCACGCCAAAGUGGAGCGCUUUCUCAAGCUGGGCUACUCUCAGAGCGACAUCCUGAGGGUGCUGGAGAGCCUCCGUCACGACGCCCAGACCAACGACAUCCUGGAGGAGCUCAUCAAGACCUGCCACACUCGCACAGCCAGCAACAAGAGCGCCCCAGACAGUCCCAAGCUGGUACCCAGAGGCUGCAGUCCAAGUCCCACUCAGCCCAGACCUGGUGCGGACAGAGAGCCGGCUGCUGGUUUCAGACCUGUGGUUAUAGAUGGAAGCAACGUGGCCAUGAGCCAUGGCGACAAGAAGGUGUUUUCAUGCCAGGGCCUCCAGCUGGUGGUGAACUGGUUCUGGAACAAAGGGCUGCGGGACAUCACCGUGUUCGUCCCCCUGUGGAGAAAGGAGCAGCCGCGACCCGAGGCACCCAUCACAGAUCAGCAUAUUCUACACGAGCUGGAGAGGAGGAAGAUCCUGGUGUACACGCCGUCUCGCUGCGUGAACGGGAAGAGGGUGGUGUGCUACGAUGACCGUUACAUUGUCAAGCUGGCCUUCGACUCAGACGGGAUCAUCGUGUCCAAUGACAACUACCGUGACCUGCAGACAGAGAAUCCUCAGUGGAAGAAGUUCAUCGAGGACAGGCUGCUUAUGUACACCUUUGCUAACGACAAGUUCAUGCCUCCAGACGAUCCUCUGGGCAGAAACGGACCAACCAUUGAUGAUUUUCUGCGGAAGAAGCCAUGGACCCCAGAGAACAAGCUGCAGCACUGUCCUUACGGAAAGAAGUGUACCUACGGAGUCAAGUGCAAGUUCUACCAUCCAGAACGAGCCAACCAAUCACAGCUGUCUGUGGCCGAUGAACUGAGGGCGCUAAGAGACAGAGCCAAGAACCUCUCGCCCAAGCCAAGCCUGCAGGAGUCUCUCUGCCCUGACAUGUAUCAGCUAGAGCACAGAUACUCUUCCUCCACUCCUCCGCCUCUGCGGACAGAGGAGCAAUACCACAGGGCUUCACCCAGCGGUCAUUUCAUCUAUCAGAGAGACUCAGGCAGCGCGAGAUCCCAGUCCAACACGAGCCUCCACCACAGCCCGAGUCCGGAUGUGGAUGAGGCGUUUGGAUCCAUGGAGAACUCCAUGUCCAGGCUGUACAUCCAGGAUGCGCCUUACAGCAUGGAGCGUCCUCCACACAGCUACAGCAGCGGGGUGGCCAGCUACAGUCAUGACGAUUCCCUCUCAGGGUCACUUGGCGACAUUGCGCACAGCCUCUGCAUGGAUGGUGGAGGUUACUACCCCCAUCAGAACGGUUCAGCAACCUGCAGCCAGUGCAGGUGUGGUCACCAGCACAUGUCCCAACACCAACCAGCAUGGGGCUCCUGCCCGGCUCUGCCUCCACUUAAUAACGGGCAGCACUCAGGCCAUUUUUCACAAAAGCAGCACCUUAGACACACCCCGAACAGACAGAGCCACAGCCUGCCGAGGGACCCGUGGGUGCAGGACAGCCACUCUGACAGCAGCAGGGCCACGAGCCAGUCCUGCGAGCAGAGGAAAGGCCUGAGGAGCCAGCUGAGCACCCUCUUCCCUCAGCACAUGGUGGAGCAGGUCAUGACUCUUCACCCACACGUGUCGGACAUGUCGGAACUGAUUUCUCUGAUCCAGCGCCACAGGACGAGCCACAUCUCCUUCUAGAUCACAAAGAUUCGCUUUACGACUCACACUGAGCUCGCGUCACAGUUCUCAAUCCAGAAGCAACGUGGAAACAUGGAACUAUGAAUUCUGUGUAAUUAUGACUCGUACUUUAGGACAACUAUCACAAGACACACAUCAUGCACUCCUGAAGGUUUCUAGAUAGUUUCAGGACAGGCUGCCCCUGAGGUCUCCCUGAGAUGUACAUACAUAAACAGUAUGCUCGUCACAGAGGGAGACUUUCCCGGUUAGACCAAGGGGGGUCUCAGGAGGUCAAAAGGUCAGAAUGUAAAAAGGACAACACAGAAAUGGCUGACAUAGAGUCCAACACUGUGCUGAAAGUUUUUACCUUUAUAUCAAUGCUACAUGUUAUUGUACAAUCAAAUGUGUGCUUACAAAAAUGCAUGUGAACGUUCCUGAAUAUUACUUGCUGCAGAGGCUGGCAGGAAAAAUCCCGGGCAAUUUCAGGGGGGGAAACUGCAGCUGUUUGUAUUCACACUUGCAGCUAAACACGAUUUUCAGGGAAUUUGGUGAAUGUGUGAAAACACCAACUGUGACAUGGAAGAAAUUCUCCAAGCUUCCACUUUUUUUUUGGCAUUAACAAGCAACUUUAUCUGAUGAAGUGUUCAAAAUGUAGCUGACUGAAUGUUGUCUCAUGUAUUAAAGUGCAAUGCACUACUCGACAAACUUGGCUACUUAUUGUAGCGUUGACAAAGUUUUAUUAAAGCAGCAUGUGUUGUUUUCUCAUAAUGCCUCAAAGUGAGGAACACUAUUACUGGUCUGUACUUCUGUAAAGAACGUCUCCGACUUGUUUUUCAUAGAAAUUUAAGAGGCCUGUGUUUUUGCUGAGCCUGUGAAAUAAAAGCAUUUUAAAAAUCUGA